UGUGACGUCAGACACGGGAAACACGUGUCCACACACUUCGGAAUAUAGAUUUUGUUGAGGCGUUUUGCCUGAGUUUGGAAAACAUUAGGGGAGGACUGCCUUCAAACUAUUAUGGACACAAUCUGUUAACAUAUGUACACAUUUCCAUGUGACACGGUAGAGAAGUGCAUAGAGUAUUUAUAGGAACCGGUUUUUAUAACGCUAUCAGCGGACUCGAGCAAGUAUGGAAAUCGAUGGGAAUUCAUUGUUUGUGGAGAUUCACCCACAUCAUCAUGAAGCAGGAAUAGCAAAGCGGCUCAAACUUUUUUGAUCAGUGCUCGGAGUGUUUUUGUUCUUUAUAUUUUAAAUGCAUUUUUUUUAAAGAAAAUAAAAAUCGGUGUGUUUUUAAUCAAAGACAAGUGGAAAGAAAUUUUAAGCGAGAGCCUGUGAGAGAAUAAGCUGUCCCAUGUAACGAAACUUAAUCGUUUAAAUGUGUUUUUAGCUACUUUUAGAGAUUUUUUUUGUAGUCCUAGUUUUUGUACAAAUACUAUAUCAUCAAUUGGGUGUAUAUAAGGCACCCGAUAUAACUUUUGAAGCCAUGUCUUAGAGAAAAUUGUAAGCGGUUUUUAACAAGUUUUACGAAGUUGUUUUGGCUACUACACCAAAGAUGAGGUCUUCUUUGGCUCCCGGCAUUAGACUGAUCACGUCCUUCUCAAGAGACAGCUGGUACCGAGGUUUCACCCUCUUCCUCACUUUCCUCUUCUAUACCAGCUACCAUCUCUCCCGGAAACCCAUCAGCAUCAUUAAGAGUCAGCUGCACAGAAAUUGUUCCACCCUCAUUCGACCUCCAAACCUCAAUGGAACUGACAAUGAAACCUGGUGUGACUGGGCGCCCUUUGACCAGGACAACUACAAGACACUGUUUGGAGCUGUGGACAACUCCUUCCUGGUUGCUUAUGCCAUUGGCAUGUUUUUCAGUGGGAUAUUUGGAGAGCGCGUGCCCCUGCGCUACUACUUGACCAUCGGUAUGCUUCUCAGUGGUCUCUUCACAUGUCUGUUUGGCCUGGGCUUCUACUUGAACAUCCACUCAAUAUGGUACUACGCCUUCUUCCAGGCAAUGAAUGGACUGGUGCAGACGACAGGCUGGCCUGCUGUGGUGGCCUGCGUUGGGAACUGGUUCGGAAAAGGGAAGCGAGGAUUCAUCAUGGGCGUCUGGAACUCCCACACCUCAGUAGGCAACAUCCUGGGCUCACUCAUCGCUGGCGUCUUCGUAUCUUCGGCCUGGGGCAUGUCCUUCAUCGUGCCUGGCAUCAUCAUCGCCUCCACUGGCGUUCUCUGUUUCUUCUUUCUGGUGGAGAAACCAGAAGAUAUCGGUUGCAGCCCUCCACAACACCAUGAGGACAAUGAGAAGGAGCCUCUCUUACAGAACUCAUCCAGUAAUGAGGAGAUCUUCAGCAGUCCUGGCCAGUCCAACUCUAUCUCCUCUGAGCCAGCAGAGGAGCACACCAAGGCCAUCAGCUUCUGUGGGGCCCUCAGGAUACCUGGCGUGAUGGAGUUCUCCCUCUGUCUUCUGUUCGCUAAGCUCGUUAGCUACACCUUCCUCUACUGGCUUCCUCUCUACAUUGCUAACGUUGCCCAUUUUGACCCCAAGGAAGCUGGGGACAUGUCAACACUAUUUGAUGUAGGAGGAAUUGUUGGGGGCAUCGUGGCUGGACUGGUGUCGGACCAAACUGGGGGCAGAGCCUCUACCUGCUGUGUCAUGUUAAUUCUGGCUGCCCCUAUGCUGUUCCUGUACAACCACAUUGGACAGCAUAGCCUAGCAACCACAAUCGGGAUGCUGUUGGUGUGCGGAGCCCUGGUGAAUGGACCCUACGCCCUCAUCACCACUGCUGUGUCUGCUGACCUGGGGACGCAUGAGAGCCUGAGAGGAAAUUCUAGAGCAUUGUCAACGGUCACUGCAAUUAUUGACGGCACAGGGUCAAUAGGUGCCGCCCUAGGUCCUCUGUUAGCAGGGCUGAUCUCUCCGACGGGAUGGAACAAUGUCUUUUACAUGCUGAUCACUGCUGAUAUCCUCGCCUGUUUGCUGCUGUCCAGGCUGGUGUAUAAAGAGGUGAGGGGCUGGUGUGGACACAGCCCCAGACAUAGAGGGUUCAAAGAAAUCUGAGUGGCCGCCUGGGACAAGAGACCGUAUCACACCUGCGAGGAAGGGCGCAGGAAAAAUGACCCAGUAAUAAUCCCUGAGGCACGCCGUGAUUCAUACAGUACUGGUCCUUUCAUCCUUCAGCCUUAAUGGAUCCAUACCUCGUCACCAGCGGAUGAAAGGAGCCGAAAAAGGAGGAAGGGGCCAUUGAUAUUCUGGGACCGUCUGACAGAGAAAACAUGUCCCUUCCUCAAGUGACCGCAAAGCUCUUUCUCUUUUAAACCCCAAAAAAUACACUUUAAAACAUUUUUUUUUAUUGACUGUCUCUCUUAUAGCCCCUCUCAGUGCUGUGUGCAUCUUUCAUGUUUUAUCAUUACAAUUCUGUGCACACUGUGCCUUUCCCCAAUCUCCCCUCCAGUUGACAUCACAUACCAGUAUUGGGCAAGUUGAAUUCGGGGGAGCUCAUUUUGCACAGCCGAGGGAUGCCAAACUACAUAAGCAGUAAAGGAGGAGUUUCAAGGUAAUCAAGGGCUGUGGAGGUGAAUGUCAUCACCAACAAAAAGUUUGCUGACUGAUCAAAAAAAUUCUCAGACUGCACCAUCACAUUAUUCCAUUUGUCUCUGAUGCAAAUGUUUGUUGAAAUGUUUAUUGAUCAAUGAUUAGAAGUUAGUUUGUAUCCUCCAUGUGCACUUCAUUGUUUUGUUUUUGAUUCCACCCCUCCUAGCCGGCCUCGUCGUCAAUUUUGAGCAGGGUAUGUGAUGAUACUGAUGGUUUGUCUGGACUAAACGUUUUUACGGUUGUGGCUAGAUUUGUCAACGUUUGUCAACAACUGUUGUCCUCGACGCGACAUCUAGAUGGAGCUGUACAAUCGUAGGAACCAUCUAUCCCGACAAACCAUCGGUAUCAUAACAGGGGCUUUGACUUUUGCCGUCGGGCUCCUAAAUUGCAAGUUGAGCGCCAAUUCCUCCCACGCGACAAACAGCCAGGGGACCGAGCCAUGCAAAACGAGCUCACCCAAUGUUUUCACGUGUGACUUUGAUUGUAAAUGUAUCCCUUUUAGUGGCACACUACCUACUCUCCUACAUAUUUAUUUGGCAGAGAAGCUAAAAUGUAAUUUGGCUCUAUACUCCAGCUUUUUGGAUUUGAAAUCAAAUGAGCCGAAAAUAUUUUUAUUUUAUUUUGGGGUGUUUUUUUUUACUUAUUUGCAUAAAAUGGGCAGACACCUGUCUCAAAAUCAAGCACUAGCGUUUAUUUUUGAGAGUACUGAACAUGAUACAAUUUACAACAGGUUAUAAACGGAAAAUGACAUCAUUAGGUUUCAAACUGUCCCGCCUCUCCCCCACUCCGGUACAAUGGCAGUAUAGUUCUCAAGCCUUCCUACAUCGUCUCCCACCAAUUUAGAUAAUUUAUGACCAAGCCAAGGUCUUCCUGUGUAGAUAAGCAUUCUAGCCAGUCUGACAAUAAGUUCAUUCGUUUCUACCAAGGAACAGACAGUCAUUGUUCUAAUUCUUGAUUAUAUUUACACACAUUAUAUUCAGUACUCGGAUUAAAAUAAUAUUCAUCCAUCUAUACAGUAACAUAAUAGUAUUCUGAUUAGUCAGUCCUGAUUUGAAAUGUAUACAUAAUUAGUCAUUAUUGAUAAAAAAAAUCCCUUAACACUAUCUAGAAAUGAAAGCAUUUUAUGUAUCUAGUCCCCCCAUUUUUGAAGGUGUCACACGUUUUUAGACAAAUUCACUUAGUGUAUUACAUUUUUUGAAGUUUAGUAUUUGGUCCCAUAUUCCUAGCACACAAUGGCUACAUCAAAUUUGUUGGAUGCAUUUGCUUUUUUAGGUUGUGUUUCAGAUUACUCUGUGCCCAAUAGAAAUGUAAUGGUAUAUAAUGUAUUUUUUCAUUUUGGAGUCACUUCUAUUGUAAAUAAGAAUAUGAUAUGUUUCUGAACACUUCUACAUUAAUGUGGAUGCUUGAUUCCAGAUAAUCAUGAAUGAUUUGUGAGUAAUGAUGAGUGAGGAAGUUAGAGGCAUAAAUAUUAUACCCUAACCUCCCCUGUUGAUAAUGGUGAGAGAGGUUAGAAUGUUUUAGGGGCAUGAUCUUUGUGCGUCUAACUUUCUCGCUCAUCCUUAUUCACCCUCAAAUAACAGGUGACAUUCUAUCUUGUAGGUUCAUAUAAGACAUUUAAUAUCAAAUCCAAAUGCUGGAGUUUUGAGCUGAAUUUAAAAGUUUUCGCUUCACUGGCCAAGUAAAUACCUAGGGUUACCAGUGUCCACAAAUGGUAUUCUUUUUUUUUUUUCAAUGAAUUGGUGUUUCUUCUUUGUAGAUAUUUAUUUUUGGUUGACAUUUUAGUUAUUUCGAAGAUACUCUUACCCAGAGUGACUUACAGUAGUGAGUGCAUAAUUUUUUUUUGUACUGGUCCCCCAUGGGAAUUGAACCAACAACCCUGGCAUUACAAGCAUCAUCCUCUACCAACUGAGCAUCCUCGCCGGUGGCCCAUGUUAUUAAGGUGAUAAUUGUACUUCAGGGACCCUGUUGCUUUGCUGUAGUCAGAGGCAUUGUUAGAGGGGGCGUAAUGUUUUUUUAAUAUAAUUGAGGAGGGAUGCAGAUAGUUGUAGUGCCCCAAAUAAAGUCAGAUGUUAUACCAUGCAUAAGCUAUGCAGAGGGCAGGCUGUAUUAUGUUACAUGACUAAUAUUCCAAAUACAUUUAGAAAAAAUUUAAAUGAUGAAGUGUAGUGUAUGUAGAUCAGAUGUCUGAUUUAAGCUGAAUAAAUCUGAGCAUGA